AUGCGCGCCCUCCGCUACCACGGCGUCAAAGACCUCCGCGUCGACAACGACAUCCCCGAACCAGAAUGCGGAGAGAACCAGAUCAAGGUCAAGCUACACGAAUAUUCGUCGCCGACAUUCAUCCCACAACCCGGCUCCCCUCACCCAAUCACAAAGGAGUCGAUGCCAAUCCCCAUCGGCCACGAAUUCUCGGGGCAAAUCGUGGAGAUUGGGCGCCUCGCCGCCUCCCAUCCCAAUUUCCAAGGUCAAACCCUCAAGGUGGGGGACAAGGUCGCUGUGCAACCCACCCUCGCCUGCUUCCACUGCGGGCCGUGCAACGACGGCUACAUCAACUGCUGCGACUCCGCGGGAUUUGUGGGGUUGAGCGGCGGUGGCGGUGGAAUGAGUGAUUAUGUCUGUGUCGACGCACAGUUUGUGUUCAAGCUGCCGGACCAUGUAGGCUUGGACGUGGGUGCAUUGGUGGAGCCGUUGGCCGUGGCCUGGCAUGCAGUGGACCAGUACCCGCUGAAGAAAGGUGACAGUGCCCUCGUAAUGGGUGCCGGUCCCAUCGGACUUGGGGUGAUCCAAUGCCUGAAGGCUCGCGGUGCCGGUACCAUCAUUGUCGCCGAGGUCGCAAAGGAGCGCCAGAACUUCGCCAAGGCGUUUGGUGCUACACAUCUGAUCGACCCUAGGACCGAGGACGUGGUGAAGAGAAGUAAAGAGAUCACUGGGGGCCAGGGACCGCAUGUUGCACUGGACGCGGCGGGAGUUCCGGCCAGUUUGAGAGACGCGGCGUUGGCGGUGAGGGCACGGGGGACGAUUGUGAACUUGGCCAUCUGGGAGAAAGAGGUACCAUUCCAACCGAACACUCUUGUAUUCGGGGAGAAGAAAUACUUUGCAAUCCUUGGCUACCUCCAAUCCGACUUCGCGGGCGUCAUCAAGGCCCUCGACGACCACUCCCUGGAACCCGAGAGGAUGAUCACGGGCAAGAUCAAGAUCGACCGGGUGGCGCAGGACGGGUUCAGGCCGUUGAUCGAGGAGAAGGACAAGCACGUCAAGAUCUUGGUCGAUUGUAGAGCGUAG